AUGAGCUACAAUUUCUUCAAUCAGGUGAUCCCGCCCACGGGGGUGGAGCUGUGCCUGAGUGCUCGAUUCACGAGCGAGGACGAUAUCAACUUGAUCGUGGCCAAGACUAACGUGCUCGAGGUCUACGCCCUCCAUCGCCAUGAGGAUUCCAAGGCACGCCCAAUCGAUCGCCAAUCGACCCGCCCCACUGAUGGGGUCAUUUCACUGCGGGGAGAGGAGCCGAAGGACGCGCCGCCGUACGCCGGCACACAGCACUCCAUGCGGCUGGUGCUGAGCUCGUCGCUGUUUGGCAACAUCGAGUCGAUGGCCGCCGUACGAUUCCCGGGCACAAGCAAGGACGCCCUCCUCCUCAGCUUCCGCGACGCCAAGAUUUCGGUUUUGGAGUUCGACAUCGCCACCAACGAUCUCCGCACUAUUUCUCUACACUACUUUGAGGACUACAAAGUGAAGGAGGGACACGACCACUACAUCCACGUGCCCGAGCUGCGAGUCGAUCCACAGCAACGAUGCGCGGCGAUGCUCGCCUUCGACCGUAAGCUCGUGGUGCUGCCUUUUCGUCAGCACGCCAGCCUCAUGGAGAUCGAAAAUGGCGGACAAGAGGACCAGCCCGUGAAGCCUUCCUUCCUGCUCGAUCUGCGAGCAAUGGGGAUCAUCAACGUCAAGGACUUUGUUUUCCUCCAGGGCUACUACGAGCCCACCCUCCUCAUCCUCUACGAACCCACGCAGACCUGGUCAGGUCGCGUCGCCGUGAACAGGAACACAUGCGUGGCCGCUGCUGUAUCGCUGAACCUCUGGCAACACCGGGGACAGACGUCGGCGCAUCCGGUGGUGUGGUCUGCCGAGUUCUUGCCCUACGACACUCAGCGACUGAUCGCCGUGCCAGGACCCAUCGGCGGUGCCUUGGCCCUGUCGACCAACUCGCUGCUCUAUCUCAACCAGGUCUCGUUCCCUUAUCGUCUCAUUUUGCCCGCGCAUGGUGCUGACGUCAGCAUCACAUCACAUCACGACACGCAGGCCUCGGCAUCGUGUCUGCCGCUCAACGUGUUUGCCGACCUGUAUCUGUCGCCGCAAACGCCUUUCCCGUCCGCCGGCAAGAACCGGGUGGGCAUCGCGCUCGACGCUGCGCGCGACGUCUUCCUCGCCGACGACCAGCUGCUCGUGUCGCUCAAGGGCGGCGAGCUAUAUAUCUUCCAUUUGCUGUCUGACGGACGAACAGUCAACGAUAUUCAGCUGACCAAGGCCGGCUCCUCCGUGAUCACUUCUUGCAUGGCCACGCUCUCCGGCGAGGGCGCCGACGAACGCUUCCUCUUCUUGGGGUCGCGCGUCGGCGACUCCCUGCUGCUCCAGUACACCACCGCCGACGCGUCCGCGCCCAAGCAAAACGGUGCGACGAAGGGCAGUCUGUUCGACGAUAUCAAGAAAGAGGAGGACAACGACGACGACGAUGAAGAUGAAGAGGAGGAGGCGAGCGGCGAGGGCGAGGUCAAGGAGGAGCCCGACGGCGAGGGCGAGGUGGACGAGUUCGGCAGGCGGAUCCGGGAGGAGGACCGGCGAAAGAAGAAGGGGCUGCUGACCACCUACAAGUUCAAGGUCUGCGACAGUCUGGUCAACGUCGGACCCAUCACUGACUUUGCCAUCGGCGAAUCCUUCGACCCCGCGUCCGUCUCCAUGGCCGAGCAAGAGGGCCAGCGAAGCGUCGAGAUCGUGACGUGUUCGGGCCAGGGCAAGAACGGCUCUCUGUGCGUUCUUCAGCAUGGCGUUCGGCCGGAGCUAGUGCAUGCAUCGGCCGAUCUGGCCGGGUGCAAGGCCUUCUGGACGCUCUACCACCGAAGCGAGGAACGACAAGGCGAAGAGGCGGAAUACCACGCAUACCUCCUGCUCUCGGAGGAAGAGCAGACCAGGGUGAUUGCUGGCGACGGACUGGACGAGCUCUCGAACGAGGAGACCGAUUUCAACGUGGCGGCACCCACCGUGGAUGCCGGCAACCUGUUCGAGCAGACCCGCAUUGUGCAGGUCCACCAGCACGGCCUCAUUCUGCUCGACGGAGUGAAAGCCACGCAACGCAUAUCGACGCCGGGACAGAUCGCAGCUGCGUCGAUCGCCGAUCCCUACGUGCUUGUGCUGAUGGCCGAUGGCGCGCUUCGCCUCUACUUUGCCGACCCCACGUCCUCCAAGCUCGUCCAGACCUCGCUGCAAAACAUCCACGAGGUGAGGGACAUUAUGGCCAUGCAUCUGUUCUACGGCGGAGCGAUGCGGGGCAAGAAGGCGCGAACCAACGACGAGAUCUUUGCGGCCAUCGCCAAGGACAACGGCCGGCUCGACAUCUACAGCGUGCCCGAGUUCGAUCUGGUCUUCUCGGCCGAGCGCGCGGCCAACGGCCCGCGCCUCAUCAACAACGUGCUCAUGCGCCCGCCGCCCCAGAGCGCAGCCGCGCAGCAGUCGGCCGACACCACCAGCGCCCGCAUCGCCGAGAUCGCGCUGCACAGCAUUGGCAACAUUCCUUCGUUGCCGCACCUCUUUCUCUACCUGGACAACGGAGAGCUGUUGCUGUAUCGGGGUUUCCUCACCUCCUCGUCGCCCGGAGCCGAGGGCGAGCUCGAGGUGGCGUUCAAGCGCUGCGACUACGACCCGCUCCCGCGAAGCUCCCUGGUCGACCCCGUCGUGGCCCAGGCCCUCAAGCGGAAGAGAGAGCAAAUGGACACCGACGACGGCGACAGCCCCGCGGAAGUCGCCGACAAGGGCAAGGAGAAGUCGGACGACCAGCGGGCUGAUCACGCCCAUCAGAAGCGGGUCAAGACGGAGAGGAGCGGGGACGACGAAUUGCAGCUCGAACUGAACGCAACGCCGGCGGGUGACGAAGACGGUGAGACCGAGAAAGAAACGUCGACACUACGCUAUCGACGCAUCCACUACUUCGGGACGGUGGGCAAGUCCAACGGCGUGUUCAUCUCGGGGAGCGCACCGGCGUGGGUGUUUGCGCAGCGGGGCUACGCCCGGCUCUACCCGAUGAAGCUCGACACCUUCGUCCGCGCCUUCGCCGAAUUCCACAACGCCAACUGCCCGCACGGCUUCAUCUAUUUCAACCACGAGGGCACGCUCAAGAUUUGCCAGCUGCCGGCUGCCGAGGGGGCGAUUCACUGGGAACUGCCUGGGGUCGUUCGCAAGGUCCCAUUGGGCCGCACACCGAGGGAGAUUGCGUACCACCCGCCGUCGCGAACGUACGUGGUGGCGUUGGCCACGCCGGUGACGACGGUGGUGCCCACGCCACCGGAGACGGACAUGGAGCGGCAGGAGCGCGAGCGCGAGGAGGAGGAGUCGCGUGAGAUGGGCAUCGAACCCGAGGAGAAGCAGCGCGACAUGGGUCCGCGCGAGAUCGCCAUGAUGGAGGAGCGCCACGAGCUACAUCUCAUCUCCCCACGCACUUGGCAGAUUUUGCACCAUGUCGAGCUUGAGCCCAAAGAGCACGUCCUCACGCUCAGCGUUUUGAAGCUCGGAGACAACUACAGCCAGGUCAAUCGCGAACUUCGGCCGCCUCACCUGCUGAUCUAUGAGAUCGACGUCACCGGCGAGGAGCAGUGCAAGCUCACGAUGGCCUACCAGAAGCCCAUGAAGGAGAAGCCCAUGAAGGGUCCCGUCUCCGCCGCCGCUUCGCUCCAGGGCUACCUCAUCAUCGCCGUCGGCCCCAAGAUCUGGGUCUUCAACUUCGAUGGCGGCUCGACGGAGGCCGUGGCGUUCUACGACGCGCCGCACUACAUCGUGUCGAUCAAGACCCUCAAGAAUUUUGUGCUGUGCGGCGACAUCUACAAGAGCAUCUUCUUCCUCAGAUGGAAGGACAGCGCGAGUCAGCUGGCGCUGCUGGCCAAGGACGUGGGCCGCGUGAGCGUCUUCGCCACCGAGUACGUGGUCGACAAGCAGAACCUCGCCCUCCUCAUGUCCGACGAACGCCAGAACCUCCAGGUCACGGCGUACGCGCCGCACACGGCGGAGAGCCGCGGCGGGCAGCUGCUGGUGCCGCGCGGCGAUUUCAACGUGGGCCAAUCCAUCAACAAGUUCGUUCGUCUGCCCAUGACGCUCCCCUCGGGCACCACCUCGCUGCAGCGCCAUGCCUUGUGGUUCGGCACGCUCUCGGGCGGUGUGGGCUAUCUGGCGCCGAUGGACGAGUCGGUAUUCCGUCGGCUGGGCAUGCUCCAGUCGGCCCUUCUCUCGGCCAUCCCGCACACGGCCGGCCUCCACCCGCAGGCCUACCGCGCCCUCCAACGCGAGCGCCUCCUGCGCAACCGCAAGCACACAAUUCUGGACGGGUUGCUGCUGUCGCGCUACCUGGCGCUGGACUCGGCGACGCAGCAGCAGAUCGCGCUCAAGCUGGGCACCUCGCGCGAGCGCAUCCUGAACGACCUCCAGGGCAUCCCGCAGUCCGUCACCCACACCCUCUGA